AUGGCAUCCAACCUGCUAUCCAGACUCCUUCCCUCUGCCUCAGACGACCUCUACGAAAACGAACCGCUAAACACUACACACCACCGUGACUCUGUCUCGACUGACGAGCAGCACGAGAUGGACAUAGACGAGGAGAACUUUGGUGCUCGCUUUGAGGAGCAGGACCUGGCGCACUUGCUUGAGGAAGCCUCCUCCAGCCAGAUGACGACCGAGAGCCGCGCAGUCUCUCCAGAUACCAAACGUAACGCACCACCAGGCAUCAACACAACAGGUCGCAUACCUGCAUGGAGACAGCCUGCGCCAGCCCGCACUACACCUAUCGACGACGACGACGACGUUCCACAGUCCCUGCUUCUAGAAGGCGGACAUGGGCCAGCACCGGGUUCAAGUAAGCGCGGUGAAGGUCUUCCCAUGCCUGUACCAGGCCCGUCAACGCGACAGACACGGGCACAGUGGGAUGCUACCCGCACACAGCAACGACUUCACGACGACGACAGAAGAGGGGCACCUUCACAACCUUGGGGGCAUACCAGUAGACCUGGACACUUCGCGGCAGAUCCUCGGGAGAAAGCCUUGUGGCUGUGGGUAAAUCAGACGGAUCUGGACAACUAUAUGACUGAGGUUUAUGAGUAUUACGUUGGCUGUGGCAUAUACUCGAUCCUCCUGAGGAAGGUCCUGACGCUUCUGCAAACAGCCUUUGUGGUGGGUUUCAUGACAUUUCUUGGAUGGUGUAUCGACUACUCCAAAUUUCCUGAGAGCAACAAGAUGAGCCAGGUCUUGGUACCAAAGUGUGCCGCGAGAAUACACGGCUUUUGGAUACUGGCCCUCUGGCUCUUCGUCAUAUAUUGGCUCUACUCAUUCUAUAACAUGGUCACAGACAUACCUCGACUGCGAGCUAUGCACGAUUUCUAUCACUAUUUACUCGAUAUUCCCGACUGCGACAUUCAAACGAUACAAUGGCAGCAAGUCGUCACACGCAUCAUGGCGUUACGAGAUUUGAACUUAACUACUGCCUCCAACCUGUCGCCAGAAACACGCAAGUUGCUCGACUCGAAAAGCAGGCAGCGGCUGGAUGCUAUUGAUAUCGCAGGCCGCCUCAUGCGCCGUGACAACUAUCUCAUCGCCCUAUUCAACAAGGAAAUACUUGACGUCACGGUCCCCUUGCCCUUCCUGGGCAACCGCUACAUCUUCUCCGAGACUACAAAAUGGCAUGUUAACCUUGCCAUUAUGGACUUCGUCUUCAGCGGACCAAAUGGCCAAUUCAACCCAGGCUUCCUCAAGGAACGUAACCGCCGGGAGCUCGUGAAACGAUUGAGAACGCGUUUCUUCUGGACUGGCAUCAUCAGUAUUCUUUGCGCCCCUUUUGCCGUGGUUUUUGUGCUGGCCUCAUACUUAUUCAAAUACUUCACCGAAUACCACAAGGACCCGGGUCAGCUCAGCAAUCGUGACUUUACGACUUUCGCUCAGUGGAAAUUCCGCGAAUUCAACGAACUUCCUCAUUACUUUGCCCGUCGCCGUAACAUGGCCUAUCCAUACGCGAAUCUCUACCUCGCCCAGUUUCCGAAAGACAAGACCGAGCAGCUAUCAUCAUUUGUCGCAUUCAUUGCAGGUGCUUUCGCAUUCGUCCUCGUAUUAUUUACGCUUCUCGGCUCCGAGUUGUUCCUCAACUUUGAAAUCACACCUGGCAAGACAGCUAUCUUCUGGAUUGGUAUCCUUACUACGGUAUACCGCGUCGCAAGGGGAAGCAGCCCUCAGGAAGACCAAGUCACAGAUCCAGCCUACUACCUUAAUCAUGUCAUCUACCACACCCGUUAUGAACCCGAAUCGUGGCGUGAUAGACUACAUACCGACGAAGUCCGCGCUGAGUUCACCAAACUCUACCAACCCAAAAUCCUCAUAUUUGCCGAGGAGAUUUUGAGCAUGGUUAUCACCCCCUUCCUGCUCAUUUUCAGACUGCCCAAUUGCAGCGAGCGUAUUGUCGACUUCUUCCGCGAAUUCUCGAUCGUAGUCGACGGCUUAGGCGUCACAUGUUCCUACUCCAUGUUCCCAUCCACAAAGACGACACGUAACGCCAACAACAUCCCCGCCAACGGCACCGGUGCUCGCAGAGAAGACCCAGACCUUCGGGAAGACUACUUCAUGGCCAAAGACAACAAGAUGAUGGCCUCCUACUACGGCUUCCUAGAUACAUACCAGAAUUCCGGUCGCGGCUACAACAGUCGUCUACAAGGCCGCAGCAACUUCCAUCCCCCACCACAGUUCCCAAACACCUUUGGCACAAUGUCUCAGACCGCUCAACCAAUAGAAAUGGGCGCAAAAGCAUCAAGUCGAAACCAACCCGGUCGCCAGAACCUCCAGCAGAGAACACCGAGACAGAGACCCAUGGCAAGAGACGAGCCCAUGACCUCUAUGAUGCUUGAUCCGCACCACCAGCCUUCUUCGGCCUCGAUGCUGCGUGGCUCGCCUCACCAAGCGGGGGCGAACCGGUACCGUACACCUCUUCAACCAGUCUCCGAUGCACCUGGUCCAUCGCACACCCGUAUCGAGGAGGAAAGUAUGCUUGGUGACUCGUGGCGAACAAGCCGGUUGGCGCAAGAUGACGAUGAAGAAGAAGAGGCGGUUGCACCAGCGAACAAUGGUGGGGGAGUCUUACAGCUUUUGCAACAGUUUUCUAGAGCCCAAGCUGAAGGUCGGGGCGCGGGCGUUGGCGUUUAA